AUGGAACAUAUUAUAUUUCUCUGCAAACAUGCAAGGGCAGUGUGGAAGGCUGUGAAUGUGAACAUUGAUGUUAUUUCAGAAGAGUUCACUUCAGUCACAGAUUGGGAUCGGUAUGAUGUUGUUUUCCAGGGAGUUACACUCAACUCUAUCACCUCUGCACAUAGAAUACUUUAUCAUUUAGCUUCUCAUAUGCAUAUUUAUCCUACAACUAGUUUAGAUCCUCAUAUCCUGCACUCAAAUAGUUCUUUCUCAAAAUGGAAAACCCCACCUGUUGGAACUGUUAAAUUUAAUAUAGAUGGUUCCUUCGAUUAUGAAACUAAUCGUUAUGGUAUUGGUGUUGUGAUCCGUGAUCACUCAGGUACUUGUCUUGGAACCAAAGGGAGUCACGGAGAUGGAGCACUGAAUCCAGAAGCUGUGGAAUGUAUGGCUAUACGAGAAUAUUUAUUUUGGGAAUUGCGAAAGAACUUUUCAAAAAUCCAAAUUGAAGCAGACGCCAAGCUAGUCAUAGAGUCUAUUAAUGGAAGCAGUUCACUCAUAUAUUGGGAGAAAAAGAACCUAAUAAAGGAGAUACAAUACCUAAGCUCCAAGUUUUCUUUUUGUGUUUUUAUUUCUGUUCCUCGUUCUGACAAUCAAGUGGCUGAUAAAAUUGCCAAGACUGCAAGAACUUCUUCAGUUAAUUCUGAGAAUUAUGGAACACCAUUGGGGCUAGAAGACAUCCAGGACACAAUGGGAAUGGGAAGCAACAGGAGGAGCAGACCUAGCUUUAGAGUGGUAGUAAAUAAAGCUUGGAUGCUUAGAGAAGCAAAAGGAGCAGAGAAUUUGGGCUCAGAGGCAGAAAGCAAGAGCUUCGCGGAAUGGCUGUAA